AUGACCCGAAGCUGCGGAGCACCCAGCCCUGCCUUCGCCCCGGUGCUGCUGGCUGUGCUGCUGGGCGGUGCAGCCCGGGCCGCGGAGAUCGUGGGCGGGCGGGAGGCGCAGCCCCACUCGCGCCCCUACAUGGCGUCCCUGCAGAGGCUGCCCGGCGGCCACUUCUGCGGGGGGACCCUGAUCCACCCGCGCUUCGUGCUGACCGCCGCCCACUGCCUGAGCAGCGUGAACCCGUCGCGCGUGAGCGUGGUGCUGGGGAUCCACAGCCUGCAGACCUCCGAGCCCACCCAGCAGAGGUUCGGCAUCAGCCGGCUCUUUGAGAUGGGCUACAACGAGCAGGAGAAGCUGAACGACAUCCUCCUCCUGCAGUUGGACCGCCCAGCCUCCCUCAACGCCCAGGUCGCGGUGGCCCAGCUCCCCCAGCAGAACCAGUUGCUGCCGCACGGCACCCAGUGCCUGGCCAUGGGCUGGGGCCGCCUGGGGACCUUAGAGCCGCUGCCCCAGGUCCUGCAGGAGCUCAACGUCACCGUGGUCACCUUCCUGUGCCAGGCACAGAACGUGUGCACCUUCGUGCCCCGACGCGCUGCUGGCAUCUGUUUCGGGGACUCGGGCGGCCCCUUGGUCUGCGACGGCCUUGUCCAGGGUGUGGACUCCUUCGUAAUCCGGGGAUGUGCCUCUCGCCAGUACCCCGACUUCUUUGCUCGCGUCUCCCUCUACGUGGACUGGAUCCGCUCGGUGCUGCGCACCGCAGGGGGCGAGGACAGCCCCUGA